UUAGUGAAGGACUGGGGGGGGGCUGAUAAACCAGUGUUUUUGUUUCAGAACCAGCUGGGCAUCCUGUGGGCAGGGCUGGGGGAGAUCGAGAAAGCACAGAAGUACCUGGAAGAUGCUGAAGCGCUUUACAACCAGUAUAUGCGAGAGAUUGGAACUGCACCGUAUGACCCUCAAGAGCACUUCAUGGCAGAAGAAGAGAUGCUGAGUGAACAGGAGAGACACAAGAGGUUUGAGAAGGUUGCCACUCAGACGCUGUAUUACCUGGCUCAGGUUUACAAACACCUGGAUAUGGAUGAGAAAGCUGCUCGGUAUUGUCACACCACUCUGCAGCGGCAGCUCGAGACCCGAGAUUAUAACCCCGUGGAGUGGACUAUCAACGCUGCCACACUGUCACAGUACUACAUCAGCAAGGAACUCUACAUGGAAGCUCGCCUCUGCCUAGCCGGGGCUACCGUCAUUUUUGAGGAAUUGGGAGACGUGUCACUGGAAUCUGCUGCUGAGGAACUAGCAGGUGAGGACGCGGUGCAUCUACACGAGCAGAAUCUGCACGACUGGCUGGGACAGAAGAAGUCCGAUAUUUCACGGUGCUGGAUAAAGUACUGCCUCUUCCUCCUGCAAGACUCCCGCAAACUGCUCGAGGACGACAUUGCGGAGCUGGACCCAGAGCGUCAGGACGAGCUGCGAGCCCAGCAGGCGCGGGAGGAGGAGGAAAAGGAGCGAGGGAGGAAGAAGGCCGUGCAGUUCGGCUCCAGCGAAACCUUUGACUCCAUCCUGUCUGCAGAGGAGAAGGUGACCUGCUUGUACCCCGUGGACUUCCAGAGCGCCCGGCAAGUCUUCCUGUUUGGCCAGAGCCACGUGCUGGAGAGCAAGAAGUUCUUCCAGCUGGAUGGCCACACCAGAGACCAUGUGGAGGUGGUGCAGGACCACAGCGCCCUCUUCAAGGCCUUGGCCUUUUUUGAGGAGGACCACGAGCGGCGCUGCAAGAUGCACAAGCGGCGGGUGGACAUGCUGGAGGCGGUGCACAAAGAGUUAAACCCGCAGUAUUACCUGCUGGUGUGCCGGCAGUUGCAGUUCGAGAUCGCGGACGCCUACUACCAGAUGAUGAUGCUGAAGGUGACCAUCGCCAACGGGCUGGAGGAUCUGGACCAGCGCAAUAUCAAGAAAAUCAACCACCUGGCGCACGCCGCCAUCUCCUCCUACCAGCUCUUCCUGGAUUCCCUGAGGGACGCGGACAAGCAGUUCCCCUCGGAGCUGGAGUCGGAUGUGCUGCGGCCCGCACUGUUCGCCAAGUUCCGCAUGGGCUACCUCCACAACAAGAUCAUCACCGCCGAGCCCCGGGGCCAGCUGGAGAACACGCAGAACUCCCUGGACUGCUACAGCUUCGUGGUGGAUUAUUGUCAGAGCCAUGAGGAGGCCAUCGCAGCCGUGGAGAUGGAGCUGGAGCUGUGCACCGAGAUGACAGGGCUGCUCGCCGCCAGGGUGAAGCAACUCCGAACCAAGCUGCUGGCCGAACCCUAGAGCCCCCCUCCACCCCCCACCCCCUCGCUCGCUGUACCUUCUCUUUCCCGUUGUAUUUAAGUUGUUAAAAAGAACUCUGAGCUGCUGGGCUCGGAAUGGAAAUGGACGGACUUGAACAUUUCCUGUAGAUUUGGUCUCUCUCUCUCUCUAACACCCUCUCUGGAUCACUGGUAUGUUGCUGCCCUCUGGUGCAGGCCUGUGAUAGAUCACAAGUGGUGUCGGAUUUCUUGAGUGACCCGAAGGCGUCUCACGCGGGAGGCAGUGGAAUGAAAUGUGUGUAUUGUCUCCCCCGAUUAAAAGUUUGAAGCAUU